UGUGUGUGGGGAGUGUGAGCCUUGUGCAAACGUGUGUGAGUGUGUGUGAGUGUGAGUGUGGAUUUGGGGUAGAUUGGAGAAACUUGGUCUCGAGUAGACUAAGGCUCGGGAGGGCCAAGGGUGUGACUGUUAUCCCCUGGAGAACAGGAUCCUGGAUGCGGGCGGUUACAGGGUUUGGCGGGGUUACAUCAAGGACUCUGUGAAUAAUCGCAUAGUCUUCCCCUGCCUCAGAAAGGGUUAAAGAGAAAAAUGUCCUCGGCACUUAUCUGGAGGCACGUGGGUGUGGUUUAUUUUCCUUUUCCAUCUGUGGAUCACCUUCUUGCUUCCUUCAGACCAACAAGGCUCUGCUGCCACGCAGUUUAAGGCUUGUCGUCCUUUUCCUCGUCGGAGCAUUCUCUGACCUCGAGGGUGCUGGCGGGAGGCGUCUGACCCCCGCAGACGCCCGGGCCCGUCUGGGCCGCCAGCUGCUCUCAACGGACCGGUGUUAGGACCCAGGAAGGACGCCGCGGCGAGGGGUAUAAAUAGAGAAGCGGAGACGAACAAAGUUUGAGCCGGAGCCUGACAUCAUUGCCUCUCCAGCCCGAGCCGGGGCCGAGCCGGGCGUCGGGCGUCGGGCUGAGUCGGAGCGGACGGCUGGCCCGCGGGUGCUCGGCCGGGCAGGCGGGAGCGCCGGGACCCCGCGCCUCCCCCGUCUUCUCGCGCCGCCCGCGCCACAGGAGGACAGAGGGGCCCGAUUCCAAGCCCGGCGAGACGGACGGGCGCUCCCGAGAGGACGGCCGGCCCCGCGGGGCUCCGGAGCGGCGGCCGGCUUUGGGCUGCCGACCCGGGCGUGCGCGCCGACCGGGCUCGGGUUCGCGGGCUUUCGGGCCGGCUGCGUCUCGUCUCACACACCGAGCAGAAGCAGACAUUCCUCUUUCCGGAACCUGUGAAAAUGCCCCUUUCCUGGGGAAGUGAAAGUUAGGGAGUCCGCCCGGACGGCGCUCGAAGUCGGGGAGCCAUGAGGCGGCCGCCGCGCUGGGCCGGGCAGGCCUGGCUGCUGCUGCUGUGCUGCCAUCUCCGGGUGCGCGGAGCCUACUCCAGGUCGCCGGCCCAUCCAGGGUUUGAGGUCUUGGCUUCCGCUUCCCAUUACUGGCCGCUGGAGAAUGUGGACGGCAUCCAUGAACUUCAGGACACACAUGGAGUGUUGCGAACCCACAACCUCACUGUGCUUCCUUCCCAUAAUUCUACCUUUGUUCGUACCAAUGACUCUGCCUACUCAAAUUUCUCUGCGACCGUAGACAUCGUGGAAGGGAAGGUCAGCAAAGGUAUCUACCUCAAAGAGGAGAAAGGAGUCACCCUUCUCUACUAUGGCAGGUACAAAGCAUCUUGCAUCAGCAGCCCAGCUCAGUGUGACCCCGACGGGGUCACGUUUUCUUUCUUCUGGAAGACACAAGGAGAGCAGUCCAGACCGACCCCUUUUGCCUACGGGGGACAGGUCAUUUCCGACGGCUUCAGAGUCGGCUCCAGCGGCGGCAAGGGCUCCGUGGAGCUGUACACGCGGGAGGACGCCAGGACGUGGGAGGCCACCUUCAGCCCGCCAGGUCCCUACUGGACUCAUGUCCUGUUUACAUGGAAAUCCAAGGAGGGUUUGAAAGUCUACGUCAAUGGGACCUUGAGCACCUCUGACCCAAGUGGCAAAGUGUCUCACGCCUACGGGGAGCCCAGCGUCAACCUCGUGAUAGGGUCUGAGCAGGACCAGACCAAGCGUUAUGAGGACGGAGCUUUUGAUGAGUUCAUCAUCUGGGAACGGGCCCUGACCCCGGACGAGAUCUCGAUGUACUUCACAGCCGCCAUUGGAAAGCAUGCUUUGUCGUCUUCAACGCCACCAAGCUUCUUCAUGACACCCCCGGCCAACACCGUGAUGCCCACCAACGCUUACCAUCCUAUCAUAAUCAACUUGACAGAGACGAGAAAAACCUUCCAGAGCCCAGGAACUGUACUGAGUUACCUACGAAACGUGUCCCUCAAAUUACCCAAUAAGCCUCUCUCACAGGAAAUGGCGUUGAAUCUCACCAAGGUUUUCUUAAAAACCAUGGGAGAGGUUCUUCAACUGCCCAGUUGGGUUGAUGUGUCAGAGGACAAUGCCAUGGUGCUGGGCUUGAUCGAGACCGUUGACACCGUCAUGGGCCACAUCUCUUCCAGCCUGGACGCCGGCAAGUCCCAGGCCGCCAUCAUAGGCUCUUCUUCCAUGGCAGAGUUUUCUGUGGCCAAACUCCUACCCGAGACCAUAAAUUCCUCCCACUACCGCUUCCCAGCCCAGGGUCAGAGCUACAUUGAGGUUCCCCACGAGGCGUUCCGAAGCCAAGCCUGGACCACCAUCGUGGGCCUUCUCUACCACAGAAUGCACGAUUACUUGGACAACAUCCAGCCAGCCAAAACCAAAAUUCCUGAGGCAGCAAAUUACAAGAACCACAAGCUGUCUGCAGCCAGCUACCUGAUUGCUCUGGAGGUGUCCCCGCCGCCCGUGCUCUCCCAGAACCUGUCGGGAUCUCCGCUUGUCACAGUCCAGCUCAGGCACAGGAUGUCCUACAGGCAGCGCAGCGAGGCCACCAACAGCAGCAACCAGGCGUUCCUGUACUGUGCCUUCCUGGACUUCAGCUCCGGAGAAGGGGUCUGGUCCAACCAGGGCUGUGUGCUCACCGAGGGGAAUCUCAGCUACUCUGUCUGCCGCUGCACUCACCUCACCAACUUCGCCAUCCUGAUGCAGGUGGUGCCGAUGGAGCUCACGCGUGGACACAAGGUGGCACUCUCGUCCAUUACGUACAUUGGCUGCUCCGUGUCCCUGGUCUGCCUGGUGCUCACGCUGGUCACCUUUGCCAUGCUCUCUUCUGUCAGCACCAUCCGGAACCAGCGCUACCACAUCCAUGCCAACCUGUCCUUCGCCGUCCUCGUGGCCCAGAUCCUCCUGCUGGUCAGCUUUGGCUUCACGCCUGGCACAGUGAGUAGGCCCCUCUGUCCCUCUCCUUUCUCCCUCUGGUGUCACCGGGGCUGGCACCUUCUGCUGGUUUCUUCAACUCCGAAUUCAGACCACAUCCUCCAGACAGUCGGGCAGGGGCUCGUCCAGGAGAGGCACAGAAGAAGGCCUGCCUCAGGGCGCCUGGGUGGCUCAGUCAUUAAGGGCACCAAGCGGUCCUGCUGGAGGGAUGUGCCCGUGGGAAGAACCCCACGGCAGACGGAGAGUGACCCUGGGGGCCAGUCCUGGAGUGGCUGGUGGGGAGGGGAUGGGGCAGGUGGGGAAGGGGGGAUAGGAUGGGGUUUUCCUCUCCUGAUCUGUAUCAUUUCAGUAUCAUUUGCCAUGGACAGUUAUGGAACAAGCGUAAACUGCUGGCUGUCCAUCUCGAGCGGUGCUGUCUGGGCCUUCGUGGCCCCUGCGCUGUCCAUCAUUGUGGUCAAUGCGGGCAUCCUCAUCGCUGUGACCAGGGUCAUUUCGCAGAUCAGCGCGGACAACUACAAGAUACAUGGGGACCCCAGCGCCUUCAAGUUGACAGCAAAAGCCGUGGCCGUGCUGCUACCCAUCCUGGGAACUUCGUGGGUCUUUGGCGUGCUUGCUCUCAACAGCCAGGCCUUGGUCUUCCAGUAUAUAUUUGCCGUUCUCAACUCCUUACAGGGGUUUUUCAUCUUCCUUUUCCAUUGUCUCCUGAAUUCAGAGGUGAGGGCUGCCUUCAAACAUAAAACCAAGGUCUGGACUCUGACGAGUAGCUCCGCCCGCAACACGAACGUGAAGCCUUUCAGCUCCGACAUCAUGAAUGGGACCCGGCCAGGCACAGUGUCCACCAAGCUCAGCCCCUGGGACAAGAGCAGCCAUUCCGCCCACCGAGUGGACCUGUCCACCGUGUGAGCAGGGAGGCUGCUGACUGGCCAUCUUGCUGCUCAGAACACACCCCACAAACUAAACACAAGAAACACUCUGCCUUCACCAUGGGACCCUCUCCUCGUUGCUGUUUGGAUGUGGGGGUCCUGGCCCCCAUGGCAGGCUGUCUCACCUCUGGCCCUCCCCGUGUGACAGAGCCUACUGCUGGGCCCGAAGCCUGAUGCACAGUGGUGGGCGGCCCUCCCAGCUUUCGUCCUCCCGUGGCCAAGUGACUGUCCCCUGGGGCACCCACCGUGUGCAUACAGGACCCUGGGGCUGCGGCACGAGGAGGGCCAGUUAGCCUGGGCACCGUGAUGGGGACUUGGGUCCUGCGGGGGAGGUGAAGACCCCCAGGCACCCCCAGAGGGUCAGGUGGAGGCAGACGGAUGUGUCAGGAGCGUGAAGAAUGUCCUCGACCUGCUGAAUCAGCUCCAGCAAGCUCUGAGAAGAGGGGCCCUGUGCAAGCUGGCGCCCCGCGGGCCACCUCGCCUUCUGGCUGUGCACGGGCUUUGGGCUGGGGGCGCUGGCCGCAGGCCCAGUCUCAAGCGAAUGCCUCUUCUGGGGGAAGAGCCAGGUGGGGCCGCUGCGGGGAGAGCUCCCAGCCCCCCUCAUGAGUGCUCUCUCCACAUUCACUGUCCGCCUUGCCUUGGACCCCGUUGCGCACACCUGAGCCCUCCUGUGGCCCCACAGCUGGUAGCUGCCCUGCUGCUGGGUUUCCCACGGCCUCGCUUCCCCUGAGCUUUCUGUUGGUCACGUACAGACACCUUCUGUGUUUCUCACGGGCAGAUGCCGGCGGUGGGUAGCAAGUGUGUUCCGUGUGGCCACAGAGGCCACGGAGGCCGGCUGCUGCCCACAUGGCCGCUUGUGCCACGGCCCUGGGCAGGGUGGUCUGAUGGUGGCCAUGUCUUCUGGUCGCUGUUGGUUUGUGGACUGGGGCUGGGCCCCCAGGAAAUGGAGUGACCGUUACCGCUGCGUAUGUGGGCAGGACCCUUGGGACACCAGGGCCUGUGACCUUAGAUGUGACCCCCACUGCCAUGGAACAUCGGGAAGGAGGCUGGGAAAGCUCAGACCAGGCGUCAGCGGUGACAGUGUGUGUGAGCCGCGUGGGUCAGACAUUCAGACCUGUAGCUGAUACUGGAAAAUCUUCUGUAAACUGUGACCGUGGUGGCACCAAGCUUUGCCCGCCCCACAUGCCCGCCGGGUCUCGGGGGCCUUUCCUGUGUAGUUCUGCGUGUCUUAUCCCUCCUUCUCAGGUGCCACCCCGAUCACGAUGGUGCCAUAGUCACCCACCCACAGGCAUGUCCCGCGCGGGGAGGGGUUGGACCGAGAGCCGUGUGUCGAUCACGGCACAUCUUUGUCCUCGUGUCCCUGCGAGGCCCCGGGUGCAGCAGCCGACCCAGCACGGGGUGACCCAGCACAGGGUGACAGUGCAGUUGCCUCUCUGCGGCCCCUGGGGACGGGCAGGGGCCUGGAGCGCUGCUGAGACCCCGCACGUAGUGAAAAGGCCGAGUGUGCCCAGCCCCUGCCCAGGCUUCUCCUCGCGAUUCCAGAAACCAGAUGGCUUGUAACUGGGUGUUGGAUCCUCGCCGUGCCCGCGAGCACCUGGAAGUGAGAACACUGUAUCCUGAGAUCUACACGUGGGUUUUUGUCUCUUUCGUUUCUGGUGAAGCAAAUCGUAAGGAACUGUCUUUCCUUUAGGUGGACUUCGUUUUAGACUCCGCGUAUUUGCUCUUCGCGGCUAAUCCAUCAAGCGGAGUCCUGAACAAACGGUUUCUAAUGAAGGAAAGCAGUGCCCUUUAUUUAUAGGCUACAGAUUUGGGCUUCUGCCGUGCGCCGUCAUCUACACGUAAUUUGGCCAAAGAUGAUAAAUUGGAAAGAAUCGUGUGUUUAGAGUAGUUCACAGCACAGGAAAAAUGAUGAAUGCCACUAAGUAGUGAAAAUAUGUUGUGAUUUUUUUUAUGAAAUAAACUCUCAAUGUCCUUUAGA